AUGGACCGCCAGAGUUUGGAAAACUUGCUCCGUUUCCGGGGCUACGGUCAGGACGGGGUCGUUCCAGAUGCAUCGGUGCUAACAUGUGGCUGCCUCGCGUCAGAGAUCGAGUUUCAAGCACGGGACACCCAGCAGUGUCCCAAUUGCGGCGCAUCCAACGUCUCGAUAUUGGCCGAAGUGAAACCAUUGCGGGACCUCUAUCAUCUAAUUCAAAUAUCGCGCAGUCAAUCGUACAAGGAGAAGCGGCGACGAUCGUCUUCGAAGAAGAGCGUGCGUGGCGCAGAGGAGUGCGCUACGUCGUCGCCGCUGCAUGCCGUAACGCAGCAGACGGACUCGACGGACCUUCUCACUUUGUUCCACAAAUUCGCCAAAGAAGAGCAGCUUGGUGGUGGUGGUGGUGGUAGUGGUGGCACGGUAAAGGUGCAGGAAAAUACGAAUGUGGCUGUUCCCAUGGACAUUGUCGCGCAAAAGAAGCAGAACCCGACAUCGAUGGAGACUCAAUUGACAUCGUCUUUGCCGUCGUCGCUGUCGCUCAACUCGGCGUCGAUCUCGCCGAACCAGCGACGGUACGGAUUGGAGUCUUUAUCGAUUAAUAAAACCGACUUUGACACGUUGCUUGAGCACGUGAGCGAGCAAAAGGAGUAUAAUUUCAGUAAAUGCUUCCCUUUCCAUCGGAAAUUGAUCUCGUUCCCUACCCAGCAGAUGAAAUUGAAUUUGGGUGCAAUCAACCCUUUCAAACUGGCGUCGUCGGGGAUCAAAAGGGCAAUCAGCUCAUCCAUUAUAUCCUACUUGGACUUUAAGCGCGGAGUUGAAGUCACGCGGUUUGCAAUAGUGAAUGAGAAACGAUGGGAGUUGUACGAAUACGUUACUCCCAUGAGAGAUGCGGAUACCUCGAGAAAUAUCAAACCAAAGCUUAUAUGCUGUGGGAGACUGACGGGUGAAUACGGUGAGAAUGCAGCCAAUUUGAAACAGCCCGAGAUACCGGGAGCUAGAGAAUCUGUCAAGAGGAAUGACUUUAACAAUCCCGGUGGCGACGAUAAACUGUCAGGGGUUGAUUUGAGAAAGCGACUUUCCUCGUGGGACCAACUGUUUUGCCAGCUUACAAAGUCGUUUUUGGUAAUCUCGGGAACAAAAGGGCUAUUACGAGUGUUGAAUGUCGACCCCGACUCCAGCCUAGGCGUCAGCCCCGAGGUCGAGCGUGGAGUUGGAAAUAGUGCUGGAGCUGGAAGUCAAGCUGAGGGGUAUGAACUUGGUGAGCCCAUAUACACCUACUUGACAGAUUUCCCCAUAAGAUGCUUUGCCAUUGCCCCCAACGAGAGUUUAAUCGCCUGUGGUCUUACAGCAAGGGAGCGGAUCUCGGAUAAGGAACAGCCGUUUAUCGUUUUGCAUCGCAUGGUCAAACGCGGCGAGGAGGCUCCUGCUCGCGUCAGAUUCAUUGACCCAAUCACAAUCACGGUACCCUAUCGUGACCCCAUAAAGAUCAUCCGAUUCAACGCAUCUUCAUCGCACCUCAUCUGCGCUACAGUGUGGGAAUCGCGGUACAUCAUCAUCAAGUUGAAAAGCGAGCGCCAAUCCGACUACAAGAAACCAAGGUUGAUCUGGACCGACGUGGUGUUUAAGGCCAGCCGACGCAACCAAGAAGGCGGCGGCGGCGGCGCCUCCUACUAUGGCGAGGAGAGCCUUUCACGAGCCGACGAGCUCAUGAUGACCGAUGAAGGAACCACCGAUAUCCAAUUCGAAAACACAAAGCCCGAUGCCAUAGUGAUUGCCUCGUGCUCCUUGAACCUCCGUCCGCCGUUGUUGAUACGACUAGAAGGCGCGAAAUUCAACAACUCGAGCCAAGUUGCAAUGGACUUUGACCAGUAUAGCGCGGCGAGAUCGUUUGCUAGCAGCAAUGGCAUCGAGGACCACGACGCCGACGCGUCAAACAUCACCGCGUCGGAAGUCAUGGUGCGCCUACCGGAGGUUGGAUCUUCUAUCCACCGAAUCGCGGUGUCGCCACGAGGCGAUGGCAUUGUGUUUUUAGACAAGGACGGCAAACUUUUCCUCGUCUCGCUUCCUGGCGCCACCAUGGCGGCGGCGUCGACAUCAUCGUCAUCAUCAUCCACUAAAAAGGUGAUUGUGUUGCUAGGCGAAGUAGCUAACGCGGAGAGGUUUAGCGAGGCGGCCUCGGUGCGGUUCUCGGCCGAUGGCGGCCGAAUCUUCACUUUGGACCGCAAGGGAGUAUUUUCCGUGUUUGACUUUACCAAAGGUGUGCCAGGUGAAGACUUGGAUGUGGUGAAAUGUAAGAUUAUCAGCUUAUAG